AUGCCUCUCGAGCUCGCCAUCUCGUCGCGGGCGCAUUGGCUCAGUCGGGUGCGGUCAUGUCUCCGCCUGCUCAUCAUCGUCCUGAGCGGCGCAGUCGUCUGCAUGCUCAUGCACACGUUUGAGAUCUACCGCGGCAAUCGCUACAUCGACCUGCGCAAAGGAGAACUGCCCAUGGUCUGGCCUGCCCAUACCAACCUGGCGCCGACCAUUAUCCUCUUCGCCAUUGCCGCCGGCAACUUCCUCGCCUCGGUCGCCAUCCUCACCCUCUCCUUCAAGCGCUCCUUCCGCCGGCCCUUCCGCUCGCGCGACGUCUACCGCAUCGUCGCUGGCAGCUUUGGCGUCAUCAUGUGGAUCACAGCGCUGGUCGUCUUCAACCUCUUGGACAAGGCUAGCAAGGCCAGCUUGGGAAGAUACUCGUGUACCAACGCGAAUGUCUUGACCAACGGCCGCUACCAAUACCGCGCCGUCUGUGAAGAGCAGGGCGUCGCAUUCUACACCGCCAUUGGCGCAGCCUCCGCAGAGCUUCUCACACUCAUCACCCUCGCCAUCUCCGCCAUUCUGUCCGUCAAGAACCAAGAACCACCCCCGACCAUACAGAUUCGCGAGAAGAACAACUCGAUAAGCUCCGGCUCAAAGUACCACAAGCCUUUAAAACGAUAA